AUGGGUCAGCCUAAUCAAACUAUACCUACUGAAUAUGUCAUGAAUGAAGUUGGUUCAACAGCAACAACUGAAGUUGUUGGAGCAGAAUUAGUUAAUACCCAACCUACAAAGAAGAGGAAAGCUAGUGCAAGUGGUUGUAGGCAAUCAUCUGCUUGUUGGGAGCACUUUAUUAGAUUACCAGAUGACUUAGUUGAUACACCAACUGCAGCUUGUAAACACUGCCACAAAAAAUACCUAUGUGACCCUAGGACUCAUGGCACCACCAACAUGAACCAUCACAUUCUAAAAUGUGCAAAGAAGCCUAGAACCAUUGAUCCCACCCAAACUAUUCUGACAUACCCCUCUGCAGAAGGAUCUAGUUUGGGUCAUGUUAGCUCCAAAUUUGACAAGCAAGCUUGUAGAAAAGCUUUGUCAAUUUUUGUGGUUCUAGAUGAACAACAAUUUAGUGCAGUUGAGGGGGAAGGUUUUAAGUACUAUUCUUAA